AUGGGAUUCAAGGUCCCCGAGUGCGUCGAAACCGACGCGUGGGGCCCACCCGUCGACUCCGUCGACGCGGACAGGGCCCUCACCUACGCUCCGUUCACCCGAUCGGACAAGUUCGGCCGAGCCGCCGACUGGAACAUGACGGGCUACGCCAAGUACGCCGGCAACCGCUACAACGCGGGCCAAGGCGGCGUGAGCACCGUCUUCAACUUCUUCGCCAACGACGAGGAAGAUUCCUUCUCCCUGGUCGACAACACCCCCGCGCCGCGCCAGCGCUACGGCGCGCGCGGCAAGUUCCAGAACCGCAACUUCCAGCGCAGGAACUGGAACCAGGCCACCGUGGAGGGCGGCGACAUGGGCAAGGGCGCCGAGCGCGAACGCGCGCGCCAGCAGCGCAUGCAGUCUAAGAAGCAGCAGCAGUGGAACACCUGGGCGCACAACCGCAACCGCGAGACGGUCACCUACUCCGGAUCCGUCGACAUUCGACCCGACUGGGACGUCGCCGAGCAGAUCAACCUCGUGCAGCUCACCAAGCUCCAAGCGCAAACCCUCCCGCCGCACGAGGAGCUCGUGCAGUGCGGCGCUUUGGGCGUCUUUGACAAGACGUACGAUCGCGUCACUCCCAAGCUGGACCGCGACUUGCAGAAGAGCAAGAAGAAAUCGUACAACCCGACCACGUCCGACGACCCCGUCAUGGCGACACUCAUGGAGAAAAAUGCGGGCACGGUGUACGCGACGGACGCGAUGGUGUCCGCGGUGAUGUGCGCGGCGAGGAGCGUGUACGGGUGGGAUCUCAUCGUCACCAAAAAAGACGGCGUUUUAGUCAUGGACAAGAGACCCGAGGGUUCCUUCGACCUGCUCACGGUGUCCGAGACGGCGCAGGACCCGAUCACGGACGACAAGGAGAACAUCAACGGCGUCCACAAGCUCAGCGAGGAGUCCACCGCGUGCAACUUUGACUAUGCGCAGCAGGUGCUCACCGAGGAGUGCGAAAACUUUGGCGCCGACGCGGAUCCUUUCGGCACCGGGGACGCCAACGCCGCCAAGGUUGGAUACCGCUACCGCAAGUGGGACGUGGGCGGCGGGGUCGUGCUCGUGUCGAGGCACGAGCUCAACGGCGUGACGGACAGCAAGGGCGCCAAGGCUCUCCUCUCCAUCAAGACGCUGAACGAGUUUGACUCCAAGAUCGCCGGCGUCGACUACCGCAAGCAGAUCGAGACGCAGCGCGGCGCGGUGAUCGCCACCGAGCUCAAAAACAACGCUAACAAGCUCGCCAAGUGGACUUGCGAGGCGCUCCUCGCGGGUGCGGAUCAGCUCAAGCUCGGCUUUGUCUCCCGAACCCACCCCAAGGAUCCGAACAACCACGCCAUCGUCAACACGCAGACGUACAAGCCCAAGGAUUUCGCGCAGCAGAUUAACCUCACCGAGGGCAACAUGUGGGGGGUGUUCAAGUCCGUGGUGGACAUGUGCAUGAAGAUGGAGGACGGCAAGUACCUCCUGGUGAAGGAUGCCAACAAGCCCAUCCUUCGAACGUACGUGGUUGGCGCGGAUGACUUCAACGACGAUUAUGCGUCCGAGCCCAUCGAGAGGAAGGAUUAAUUACGGACUGGGAGAGGUGGAGCGGCGUCGUUGUGAUACAAAAAUUGAACUUACCG